AUGCAGCUUUGUAUAUCACUCAACAUACUCUUAAAGGACAAUCAAUCAGACGACGUGGAACAGGAUGAAAUCCCUACACUGCUUAGAUUUUUUAAUGAGGGUAACCAGUCCGACCUUUAUAAGUCAAACACCUUCAUCUACUCCUCGGGAUCUUUCCUAACCACCUCAUCCGGUGACGAUGAUUUUCAUAUUAUCAUCCAAGCUCACACUUUAGACCGUCAUCCGGGUGAUGAAGAAGACGCCGAUAUAUAUUUCAUGCACUGUCCCGAAGCUGCUCAACCUACGGUGACAUUCCUCGGUAUUGUACUUGAACGCGGGGGUCAGCUAAACGACGGGCCAACUCUUCUUCAUUACCGUCUCCAAACUACUGUCUACAACACUUCUGAUCGGGCCCACCACACCUUCCCAGUCACCGCGUACUUCAAAAGUGGUCGCAUUUUCGGCCUCACAAAAGAAAGUCGCCAAUUAGCGGUCGUCACUGACGAUAUACAUUUCCUCCCAAGACCGACUCAUCCUUUACCCGCCACCCCUUCAUCGACUGGUAAACGGAAACGUGUAGACCGUUGGUCUCAAAGGGCUGGCCCUCAAACCCCGAGCAAAUCGGUGCCAAUUUCGCGGACUGAAUCGCUCCUUACCCAUCCGAAACUACGUUCACCUGAAGUAGUUGCUCUUGAUAACGAGGAUGAGGAAUCCACACAAAUUACAUGGCCAGAAACCACUGACGAAAACGAACCCUCGCCAGCUGCUGCAACGCCAACCCCAGAGAGGCGUUCUCGAAGAAAACGUAAAACAUCAUACGCCGAUACACUUGCACAAUCCAAAUAUGAUGGCUGA